CCUCGCAGACAAGACAGCAGUGACAUAACGGCAGGGGUUUUCUAUUCGCGUGGUAUCCGUUGAUUUGUUUUGCUCGAGCUCUGUGAUCAACUGAUCACAAAGGAAACAUCUAAACCCACCCUCAACCGCCCGUCGUAUUCUUAGUUAAUGGCACACAUUAGCCAUCUCGGAAAAGGAAGGCUCGCGCAAUACGUGAAAGAAGGAUUAAAAAGAUGCCAGUCGAUAUCAGCAGCAGUGGCUGAGAAGCCCCAACGUGACCAGGACCACAAUGAAGAGCCCGCCGGACCUCGUAUGGUCACAGAAGUACCUGGGCCUAGGACAAGAGAGCUGGUCAAAGAGAUAGGCAACUAUCAGAAUUCUGACGCUAUUCAUUUCUUCGUGGACUAUGAUCGCUCUAAAGGCAACUAUAUCGUGGAUGUGGAUGGCAACACAAUGCUGGAUGUUUUCACUCAGAUUGCCUCCCUGCCUUUAGGCUACAACCAUCCGAAGAUCGUCCAGGCUAUGUCAGACCCACAGAACCUAUCCACUUUCAUCAACCGUCCAGCACUCGGCAGCUACCCACCAGCUGACUUCGUGGACAGACUCCUCAAGACUUUGCUCUCAUAUCAGCGCAGAAAAAGAGGAGACCGUUUGCCUACGGAAGACGAGAUGACGACUAGUCUGCUCAAUCAGGAGCCCGGGAGCCCAAAGUUGUCUUUCCUUUCCUUCACCAACGGGUUCCACGGCCGAUGCAUGGGCGCCCUGGGUAUGAGCCACGCCAAGUGGUUCCACAAAUUGGACUUUCCAGUCCCGGACUGGCCUAUAGCGCCGUUCCCACAGCUGAAGUACCCACUGGAGGAACACGUCAGGGAAAACGAGCAAGAGGAAAGCCGGUGUCUGGAGCAGGUGCGUGAUUUGAUCGAGAAGUACAGCCAACGAGGAGAACCUGUGGCCGGCAUGUGUGUGGAGCCUGUGCAGUCAGAGGGCGGAGACAACCACGCUAGUCCCGCCUUCUUCCAGGGUCUUCAAGAUAUCUGCAAGGAGACAGGAAUCUAUCUUAUGAUCGAUGAAGUCCAAACAGGGGGUGCUGCGUCAGGGAAAUUUUGGGCUCACGAACAUUUCAACCUGAAAAGUUCCCCAGACGUUGUCACUUUUUCCAAGAAGAUGCUUUCAGGCGGGUUCUACUUCACAGAUGAACUGAGACCUACGGAGGGUUACCGUAUCUACAACACCUGGAUAGGCGAUCCUUCCAAGCUGAUUCUGCUGGAGCAAGUGAUAUCGGAGGUAAAGAACAAGCAGCUGGUUGCCACUGCCGCUGAAGUGGGACAGGUCUUGCUGAAAGGGCUCAAGGACUUGCAGCAAAAGUACCCUGGCUUGCUUCAGAAAGCUCGAGGACUCGGUACACUCUGUGCAGUGGACAUGCCGACUGUAGCCAUAAGAGAUCAAAUUAUUACCAAAAUGAGGAGUAAAGGUGUACACACGGGUGGGAGUGGCGUGAAAACUCUGCGCCUCAGACCAAGUCUCAUCUUCAAGAAACACCAUGCUGAGAUGUUCCUGGAAACUUUGGGUUCUGUUCUCAAGGACAUGGAGCAGAAAUAAGGAGAGAGGAGCUUUAAAAAAUAAAACGUUUUGAUUGUUAUCCAAUGAAAAGAAGCGUAUAAAUCAGAGAAUACUGACUACUUCAUGGAUAUUGGGAAAUAUACGUUUGAUUCUCUCUCGAGCCCGAGAGGUACUUUGGAACACCAUCAUUAUAAUAUACUCUUGUCUUGAGGUAACCUGAUAAAUGUGCAAUUCUGUGUUCAUUAUACACAAUGAAUCAAUGAUACAUACAUGUGUAUCAAUACUCAAUCAAAGUCAGAUGUUUAUUUUAUCCUAUUUUAACACGAUGUUUUGUAUUACCAUGUUGAAUGAUAUACUUUGAGCAUACACAGAUAUAUUCCCUCAUGUGAACAUACAUGAAACACACCAUAUGGUCCGUUGAGUUUUUACAACUUACAUCGGCAAGCACAUGGACAAAUAUUUAUGCAGGCAUUCAUGCAAACAGAAUACCCAAACAUGAAAACGAAGUCUUCUUUAUAUCUUUCUAGUUUGAUUCUUCUUCUUUUAGUUGCACACUACAUGUAUAUAGUCACCGGUACAAUGUGAUGGAUAUCUUUACAUAUUAAUUUUUGUUUUAUUUAUUUGUUUCAAACAUAAUGUCUUUCGAAAGAUAUUUUAAGAAUUCCUUUAAUUCCUUUCCUUUUUUGCCACUAUAAAUUCCACACUUUACAUUUUACAAUGUUCCUUUGUUGGAAACUGUUACAUUGAGGGUACCAUAGUUUGAUAUGCUUCAAUUGACAGCUGCCUUAAUUAUAAUUAUACCGAUUGUACCCGUACGUAGGCCUAUACUGGUCUUAUGUGUUGCCACGAUAGUACAUGUAUCAUGUACUUGUACUUUGAAUUUUUAUUGUAUAGGGAAUUGGGCUAAAAACAAUACUUAUGUUCUCUAUUGUUAAAUAUGUUGAGAAUAAAAUUAUGGUGUAAAUCAGAA